UAUCAAAUAGGAAGUCAAGGAGAAAAAUCAAAGACGGAUUCUUGCUCCAAUUCAACCUCUCUAUCCUUCUCCUCUUUCCUACAUAUACACCCAGCUCAUCACCACUCAUCAACUGUCACCAUAUCCUUUCCUUUCCAUCACAUUCACAACCAAAUUGACACCACACAAAUACAAUUACUAACAGAAGAAGCGCAUCAUGGUUUCCGCAUCCAUUCCUCUCUCAACCCCUUUCCUUUGCCCCAAAUCCGCCACUUGUCCUCCUCCGCCGCCGCUGUACGUCAGAUUCCGGCCAUCACCUCGCGUCUCCGCCGUAUCCACCACCGCCGAAAGGCCGACGGCGACGGCGGCCAGUAGGCCCCACGUCUCGCACUACGGCAUUGCCACAUCAGUAGCAUCGCUAUACGAUGUCCUGGGGAUUCAGAUGGACGCGUCUUGUCAAGAGAUCAAGACUGCGUACCGUAGAUUGGCUAGAGUCUUGCAUCCGGACGUCUCAUCCAACGGUCAAAAAGACACGUCCGCAGAUGAGUUCAUCAGGAUCCACACAGCUUAUUCCACCUUGUCUGAUCCCCAAAAACGCGCCGAUUACGAUCGGUCUCUCUUCCGGCUGCGAUCGCCGUCGGCUUCGGGGUUUUCCGGCUACACGCGACGCACGUGGGAGACGGACCAAUGUUGGUAGUGGUAGCUACUUACAAAGCUGCAAGAGUGACUAUAUCUAGUUAUAACUACUAUUAAUAUAUA